GUUACCAAACACUUUCACCUGCCCAUCAUCACAUCCAAAUAGAGGUCAAGAUGGCACAAGGUAGUCUCUCCCAUGACUCCCCUGAUGGCAGAUCAACGGAAUCUGCUUAUCCUCCUCAAUCCUCUUCCAUAGCCUUUCCUGACGAUCCGUUCUCAGAAACGUAUAAACGAUCACAAGCACAACAACUACACACGCAACCACAACCAGGAGGUAUGAAUACCGAUUCGAUAACGGAUUGGGCAAAAGCGACAAGAUUUACAGUCUUGAAUCAUUUCUCUCACGUAACAAACGUUGCUAGAAAUGGUGCUCAUAACCUGCUCUCUUCACCUUUGUUUCAACAACAAUUAGGCGAUAGCGGUGAUGAGAAUGGAGGAAAAAGAUCUUCAACUGCUUCUUUGGCAACAAGUCUUUUGCAACAUGGUCCUAUAGGACCUUUUGGGCCAAACGAUCCUUCUUGGAAACAUAGCGAUUUAGCACAGAAAAGUGGAACGGGUGAUUUUGAUAGCGCUCACGUUUACCUUGCCAGAUGGGCAAAAAUUGUUGCAGAAGAAGGAGAAACAAACAGAAGAAGGGAAGCAGAAGCAAGACGUGCAAUUCAUAAACAGUCAAUAGAUGAUGUUGAAGAAUCAGAAUUGGGUCAAUUCGAGGUAUGGAAUAGAUUACCGCAUAUCGAUCGACCAGAAGCCACUCGUAGCAGAGAUAAUGCCAUCUCUUUACAAGCCUGGAAAUCACUCUUUGAUAAAGAUGGAAAGCCAGUAAUCACAAGAAGAGAGAUGAAAGUACUUGUGUUUCAACAAGGUUUUGGGAAAGGCAAAGAGCGUGCGAUGGGAACGCAUUGGGAUCAACUAGACCCUCGUGCUGAAUGCUGGAGUUUCUUGCUGAAAGCUCAACCUUGGGAUCCUUCGAUCGGACAGGAAGAAAGACGUAAGCUGUGGAAUGAACGAUCAGAAGAAUACUGGGCUAUCAAGACGCAGUAUCUGACAAGCAUGCAAUCGUCCCCUCAACCGGCGAAGGAGGUAGAGAAGGAAGAGGAGCUAUCACAAGAAGAAGCAGAAGAACAGCAAAAGCGAGCAGAAGAGACAACCUUUUGGAAAGAGCAGCGGCAUCGUGUUCACGUUGAUUGCUUACGUGUGGAUCGCAAGAUUCCUUUCUUCAAUGAUUACGAUAAUGAGGCAUACGGUAAAGGAGGUGGUGAAGAUGGCGAUGCUUAUGAGAACAUCAAUGCAAAUGCACAUGCUCAAAGGCUUGAAGAGAUUCUUUUGGCCUACGUAGCCUGGGAUAGAGCGCAAGAAGCAAAAGCAGACGGUAACGACAACGAAGACGAACGUGGCCAAUUGGGAGGUUACGUACAAGGAAUGUCUGAUCUUUGUGCUCCUUUAUACGCUGUCUGUCAUGGAGAUGAAGCAAAGACGUUUUGGCUUUUGGUCGGAUUGAUGAAAAGGGCAAGAAGCAAUUUCUACUCUAAUCAAAGCGGAAUGAAGAUGCAAUUGCUCAAUCUUCAAAAACUGAUUUCCAUCAUGGAUGCAAACUUGUAUGGUCAUUUGGAAGAGAUUGAUGGACUCAAUCUUUUCUUCUGCUUCAGGUGGCUUCUUGUCUUGUUCAAGCGUGAAUUUGAAUAUCCCGAAAUCUUGAUCUUAUGGGAAGGCAUUUGGGCUGCAGAAGUGGAUGAGCAAGAUGGCAAGAAUGCUGAUGAUCACAUGCCCCCUACAAACGCCUCAUUGUCUAACCAUUUCCAAAUCUUUGUCGCUUUGGCCAUAUUGGAACAACAAAGGGAUGUGAUUGUGAAAUACCUUCACCAUUUCGAUGAAGUAUUGCAAUACAUGAACGGAUUAUCUGGUCAAAUUGAUGUCGAUCGAACAUUGGCGGAAGCACAAGUUUUAUGUCUAUCAUUGAAACAGCUCAUCAACCAACAGGAGAAAGUAUCACAACAAUCACAAUCGAAAAACGGUAAAGGAGAUGAAGCGGCCACAUUGGCAGCUGCUGCAAUCGCUCCAGUAGAUGAUGAAAUCAAGGCCCUAGUGGGAAUUCAUACAAGCAGUGCAGAGAAAGAAGUGAUACCAUUGUCAUAGAGUAAAUCUUUGUAUAGAGAAUGAUAUUGUUAGGUAGCAGAAAUUUUUGUAGAAUAUGAAUAUACGUAUGAUUUCGCGUUGUUCUGUAAAUGAAUAAAGUAAGAGUACAAAG